GUAAGAACCACCCACUCUGGUGUUUCUCAGGAUUAUAGGUUUUUAGGUCAAACAGAAACCCCGGGGAACCGCCUGAAAAAGACAAAUGCAGGCAGCUCCAUUCUGCCCAGGCUGGAUGACGUGGCCUCCACUGUUGUUUGUCGCGGAGGCUGCGGAGCCCAAAUGUGUGUGCAUCUCUCCCUGUGCACCCCUCAGCUGCCAGGAGCACUCGUUAUUCUGGCGAAGAGAUCAGAUCUGAAGUCGCUCGUGUACCAGAACUUUCUCUGCUGGCCUAAAGGCUCGGUGCGACAUCCCAAGGUGACCUUGCCCACUACUCCGUUCAUCUCGGAAGCUUGAGCAGUGGGCCCGCCACACUUGUUUUCGUUUUCUUUCUCAUCAUCAAGCAGCUCAACUAUGGGUGAGACGCAGGAGCCUCUGGCCAUGACCGUGCAUCUCCUGGCCAACUCUGGGCAUGGCUCGUUUUUGCAGCAGACUCUAGAUCAGCUUCUGGACUUCAUUUGCCCGGAAGUCCGUCUCUUCCUGGUGUCGGAGAGGGUCAGCCCAGUGAGAUACUAUGACAGGCACCCUCCGAAGCGGUCCCGCUUCCCAGGGAUGUCUGUUUUACUCUUCCUUCACGAAAGCCUCGGAGAGGAGCGGCUGUUUCGUGUUCUGGACUCCCUGCAGCGAUCGCCCUGGCAGUGCUACCCGACCCAGGAUGCACAGGGGCGGCUGCGUCCCUACCUCCUUGACAACCAGGAGUUCUACAGCCUGGACAACCAGAUGCCUGUCUGGGGUGUGAGGCAGGUGCACUGCGGGGCUGAGAUCCUGCGGGUGACACUCUACUGCAGUUUUGAUAACUAUGAGGAUGCCAUCAGACUCUAUGAGAUGAUCCUGCAGAAAGAGGCCACACUGCAAAAGAGCAACUUCUGUUUCUUCGAGCUCUACGCCACAGAGAGCUUUGCUCUGCAGCUCUCCCUGAAGCAGCUGCCCCUGGGAAUCUCGGUGGACCCAAAAGAAUCCUCAGUGCUGCAGUUCAAGGUUCAGGAGAUUGGCCAGUUAGUGCCUCUGCUACCCAACCCGUGCGUUCCCAUCAGCAGCACCAGGUGGCAAACUCAGGAUUAUGAUGGCAACAAGAUUCUGCUUCAGGUCCAGGUGAAUCCAGAGUUUGAUGUUAGGCAAGGUGAGCUUUCCUUUGUGGAUGGCAUCUCAGAAGCUGAUAUGACUCCCCAGAGCUCCAGGCUGACCUCUGAUUCUUCAAGAAGAACCCUGGAACAAAGGAUGCGGAAGAGCCGGGGCAGGAGGUUGGGGGUGCAUUCUGUGGAGUUCCCUGAGCCUGGUGGGAGUCCAGCAUCAGACAAUCCUGGUGGCACUUUGUGGAAGGGCCCCAGCCAGUCAUCAAUGGCCAGCAGCCCAGACAUGGGCACCCGGCUACAUCUGCCUUCUCCCCACCUUGAACAUGGGGCUAGAAUGAAGGACCUCAACUGGGAAAACAGCUUUCAGAAGUUGGAGGCAGAGACAAAUGUUGAUACAGGGUUCACCACCAUCAAUUCUGAGUCUAGAAACUCUUUCCUGGGCAGAUUUUCAAAGGAUUUACAGACUAACCAGUCACCACCCUGUUUGCAAGCCUCUUCAUUACAAGAAAUUCCCUCUCCAAACAGCAGAGUCCUAAAGGAAAGAGUUAGUUCCCUGGCAUUUGCUGGCCCAAGGGAUGCAAGUGCCAGGAAGAUCAUCUCAAAGUGCUCCCUUCAUCACCCAGGCCAGGGUGCAGAGAAAGAAGAGGAAGAAUUCUUUAUAUAGCAUAAAACAAAUGUGGCUUUUUGAAACAUAAAAAAAAAGAUCAGAUAGAAUAUUCUAGAAAUGGGGCACUGACACUACAUCAUCCGGCUUCUUAUUCAUUGGAGGGGGCCUGAAUGCGCCCCAUGCACAGAUCCAUAUUGCUUUCAUUUCAAAUGUUCAAAGUCUACACAGAUGCUGGGAGUGGUUCUUUAUUUGCCAUCAGAGUCAUAAGAGGGAGAACCAGCAGAGGCAAAGAGUGCCCAACACUUGUGCUCCCAGGAGGCCCACUGACCCAGCUGGAUGUGUUGAGUUCAGCACCUAUCAAGACAAUUGCAUUGCACGCAAAUGAAUCGAUGUAUUCUGCAAGACUGAUUAGUGGAUGUAAUUUGGUUUUAAUUUUUCCUUGGAUUGCAUAGCUCAUCCCCCUGGACAGCAUGGACUGUUUAUUCUUUAGUGCUUUUUAAUGUUUAUGUGGCCUCCUUUGAUAACUAGGCCCUGUUUACCACACACCCUCUUGUGAUUUUGCCUUUAAAGUUAUUUGCAUCUAAAAUGAGUGAAAAUGCAAAGUGUUUUGAAAAUUGUCAACAGUUUUUUUCUUGUGUAAUGAGCAGAAACAUUGGCAGCCAGAGAAUGGGGUUACAAGUGAUUGCUAGGCUCCUUCCUGCUCCCUCCAUUUCUCAUUGUUUUUGCCCUUCUCUGAAGAGGGCAGGGGCUCUCAUUACAAACCCGAGAGGAACAAGGGUAAUGGGAUACUUCAAGAGCUCUGCUGAGCAUGGCCGGGAGAUUGGACUCGUCGGGCUGCUGGAGCAGGACUGCAUUCCUCGGGCGUGUCUGAAUCCACCUGUUUCUCUGCAACAUUCAUUCAUUCACUUACACGCUCUACUCAGUACCUACUUAUUGAAUCCCUAGGAUUGAACCAGGUAUUUUAUUCUCGUCCAAAUACAUGUAUAUGGUCCAAAUACAUGCAGUGGCCACCCAAUCCAAAAAAUGUUUAUGAUUUUACCACUAAGGAAUAUCUAUUCUGCCAACUUUUACUUUUUUAAGGGUUUAUUUAUUUAUUGGAAAGCAGGGAGAGAGAGAGAGAGAGAGAGAGAGAGAGAGAGAGAGAGAGGUCCUCUGUCUGCUGGUACACUCCUCAAAUGGUCAUAAUGGCCAAGGAUGGACCAGACAGAAGCCAGGAGCCAGGAGAUUCAUCCAGGUCUCCCAUGUGGAUACAGAGGCCCAAGUACUUGGGCUAUCUUCCACAGCUUUCCAGGGCUCAUGCUUUCCAAGGUUGAUGGGAAGUGGAGAAGCCAGGAUUAGAACUGGUACCCACAUGUGAUGCUGCAUUGCAGGCUGUGGCUUAACCUGUAGUGCCAUAGCACUAACCUCUAGGCCACUUUUUUUUAAUACCAGCUUUUUUUUUUAAGAUUUAUUUAUUUAUUUGAAAGAUUUACAGAGGGAGAAGGAGAGGCAGAGAGAGAGAGAGAGAGAGAGAGAGAGGUCUUCCAUGACUAGUCCGCUCCCCAGUUGGCCACAAUGGCCGGAGUUGCACCUACCAGAAGUCAGAAGCCAGGAGCUUCCUUCAAGUAUUCCCAUAUGAGUGCAGGGGCACAAGGACUUGGGCCAUCUUCUACUGCUUUCCCAGGUCAUAGCAGAGAGCUGGAUCAGAAGUAGAGCAACUGGGACUUGAACUGGCACCCAUACAGGAUGCUGGCACUGCAGGCAGCAGCUUUACUGGCUACACCAUGGUACCAGCCCCUCUAUGCAUGUUUUUAAAAGUCUGAAGUCUGUGUGUUUCAGUUAAUUUAUAAACUCCAUGGACUUCAUUCUCCAGGACAGAUGCUACACAUAUGAACUCUGACUUAGUGGGGUCUUUUGGAGACCUGGGUACUUAGUACACCUGGCUGAGGAGAAGCAUAUAUCAAGCCUGAAUGCAUCUUGUGGAAGCAAGACCAGGUUGAAUUUGGGGGCCCUGCCUAGCACAAGGGGUAGAAAUGGAGGAGGGUUACCCACGGACAAAGACAAGUCUUCUGCAUUUCUAGAAUUAUUUUUGUCCUUAAAACAUAUAUUCUCAUUUCUUUUUUAAAAAAAUUUAAAAAAAAGAUUUUUAUUCAUUUUAUUUGAGAAGUAGAGUUAGACAGUGAGAGAGAGACAGAGAGAAAGGUCUUCCUUCCAUUGGUUCACUCUCCAGAUGGCUGCAACAGUUGGAGCUUCACCAUUUUGAAGCCAGGAGCCAGGUGCUUCCCCCAAUCCUCCUAUGUGGGUGCAGAGGCCCAAGUACUUGGGCCAUCUUCUACUGCUUUCCCAGGCCAUAGCAGAGAGCUGGAUUGGAAGUGGAGCAGCCAGGACUAGAACUGGCGCCCAUAUGGGAUGUGGGCACUGCAGGCAGAGGAUUAACCUACUAUUCCAUGAUGCUGACCCCUCUCAUUUCUAUUUUAUUUGUCUCUUGCAGAUCAAAAGUUGAUCUUAUAAAAUGAAAUACAGAAUUCAAUUUUGGUAUGGCUUUCCAAAAUGUCAGCAAAAAAGUAAUGGAAGUCUUAUUUCAGUUGAACUAUUUAGUUACUUUAAAAUCAUGACAGGGAGAAGUUUGAAUUCCCUUCCCACAUUUUUUGUUAAAUGCUGUUUAUAUUUCUUUGACAUAAUACAGGGGUAAGACUCUAAGUACAUGGAAAUCAUAAAGAAUAUUAAGAAAUUUGAAUGAGUACCCUACAAAAGAGACUUUUAAAAUAAUAUACUCUUUAAAUGUCCCAUACUCUAUCCUACUCAACAUAGAAAUACAAUUCACGACACAAUGAGUUGGAAAUACCAUGAACUGGGUGGGAGAGCCCCAGAUCUUGGUCUCAGAUUUUCAGUUUGCUGUUUAUGUGAUCUUGAACUUGUCAGACUCUCUAACCCUCUGUUGUCUUAUCUACUGUAACAAUAGGUGUUAGGAGAAUCAAGAUUAUGCAUAUGAAAGCAUUUGGAUAUUAUUAUUAAGUGUGAUAUUUUAUUGUAUUUAUUGUUAUAUUGUAUUAUUAAUACAAUUGGCCCUUCAGAUGAACAGUUUGACAAUGUCAUGACAACAAAGAUUAUUUUACAAAAUAACUUUUAGUAAUAUCAAUGAGACCACUAAAAAAAUAAAUCCAGGAGUGGGCAUUUGACAUAACAGGUAAGAUAUCUCUCGGGAUGCCAACAUCCCACAUUGGAGUGCCUGAAUUCAUGACCCAACUCUGCUUCCCAUUCUGGUUUCCUGAUAAUGUGCACCCUAGAAGGCAGUGCAGAAGGCUCAGUUAUUUUGGUCCCUACCACCCAUGUGGGAACCCUGGAUUGAAUUCCAGACUGGCUCAGUCCAGGCUCUUGUAGGCAUUUGGGGAGUGAACCACCAGGAGGUUCUGACUCUAUCUUUCUCUCUGCCUUUCAAGUAAAUAAAAAUAAAGUAAAUAAAAAUUUUAAGAAUAGGUAGAAUGGAUGAUUUUUUUUGAAAAAAAGUAAAUCCAUUUUUCUAAAAUUUUUACCAGUGUGACAAUUGUUUUCUGUUCCAUAUCUAACAAGCAAGUUAUACACAAUAAGUAGUCAAAUAUAUCUUGAAGUUCAACAGGAUAUGCAACAGGAAUAAGCCAUGAACUAGUUUAAUACAAUUUAUCAGAUUAAUCAGACUUCAUUAUAAUUAUAUGAUAUUUCCUAAAAUAUAAAAUGUCAGUUUUUAAAUCUGAGAGUCUCAUGGUGAUCAGACUAUUUUAUUUUUCUUUAUGGGUGUAUUUGAAUGCAGUUCCUCAUAGUUGCUUGGCUCUCUUUCACCUUAUGAAUUGUAUUUCACACCUUUUUACAAGCAUUAUUUGGACACUGCUAAAUAUGAACAGAAAGCAAUAUUUAGAAACUUGCAAACAUUUGUUGCUUGAUGGAGAGCAAGGGAUGUGCGACUGGGAGGCGGGGUGUAGACAGGAAGAGAUGGGUCCAUCUUGAUUCACAAAGGGGGGUACAGCUGGCACUUCCAUAGCGGCUUCCCUGUGGCAUCUGCAGGUGCUCAUGGCCUGUCAAUCACUCCUGGACCAUGAGCGAGGCCAGUCGCUUGUGCACGGAGGUGGCGCAGAUGUGAAGACCCCACUGUGCCAUCUCAGAAAGACAGAGAACGGCCAGGGAAACAUGAAGGGAGAAAUCAGAAUUGCAAAGCAUACACCUCAUUCUCUGUUGAUGAAAAACUCUGGAUGUGAUGGCCAUGUUGCAGAACGUGUUCACCGAUCCAUCAAGUCAGCGCUGUCUGCCUUGCAGCCUCUCUCAGCCGGCGUGCGCUGGCCUUUCUCCCUCCUGCGACUCCUUCCUUCCCCCUACCCCUCCAUUUCUUUUUCUUUCCUUUUCUUUUCCCAUCAUGACUCUCUCCUCCCGUGGCCUUCUCCUUUCACACCACUAAACCUUCCUCUGAGAUCGGAGAUGGUUCUGUGCCUUUCUCAGAACAGCAAUUUUUAAAAUUUGCUGUAGCCUGCAUUAGGAAAAGAAAGGACAUGGGUGGCCCUCGCAGCAUGUCGUUAGGGUUCAAGUUCAUAAAACCUUCAUUCUGCCUUCAUUGUGUGUUCAGAUGUGUUGUUCAACAAGCACAGUAUUCCAGAGAGUCUGCCUGAUGUGUGGAAGAUGUAAGAAGGAAAGAGAUAGUUUCAAAGAUCCCACUUCUGUCCCAGAUGUUCUGAACUGUUCCUUUCUUUUUUUUAAAUUUUUUAAACUUUUAUUUAGUGAAUAUAAAUUUCCAAAGUACAGCUUAUGGGUUACAUGGCUUCCCCCCCAUAACUUCCCUCCCACCUGCAACCCUCCCCUUUCCCUCUCCCUCUCCCCUUCCAUUCACAUGAGGAUUCAUUUUCAAUUCUCUUUAUAUACAGAAGAUCAGUUUAGCAUAUAUUAAGUGAAGAUUUCAACAGUUUGCACCCACAUCGAAACACAAAGUGAAAAAUACUGUUUGAGUACUAGUUAUAGUAUUAAAUCACAAUGUACAGCACAUUAAGGACAGAGAUCCUACAUGAGGAGUAAGUGCACAGUGACUCCUGUUGUUGACUUAACAAAUUGACACUCUUGUUUAUGGCGUCAGUAAUCACCCUAGGCUCUUGUCAUGAGUUGCCAAGGCUGUGGAAGCCUUUUGAGUUCACCGACUCUGAUCAUAUUUAGACAAGGUCAUAGUCAAAGUGGAAGUUAGCUCCUCCCUUCAGAGAAAGGUACCUCCUUCUUUGAUGACCUGGAAAGACCCCUGACAGGAGAAUGGAAAGGACCACACCCUCUGCUAACCAAAGGUCGAGGAUAUGCUUGUGUCUUUCCAGAGAAUGCGGAACAGCCCAGUUGGGUACCAGCCAGAAACAGCAAGCCUGCAACCGACAGCCAACCAGAACCAGCUGAACAAGACCAAGACUCCGCCUUGUUAGCAGAUGCACCUGCCCUAUCAUCCUACCCUGAGGAACUGCCCAUAGCCAUACCUUUUACUGUUUUAUACCCCACUAACUCUGGUCAGCCACUCAAAUGGCCCACAGCCUGUGUGCGGUCAUGCCAUUCUUGAUAACCAUUGUUCCUCAUUCCUACCCCUAUCUGAGCAAGCAAUCCUGUGGUCUCUCGAUUUGAGCUCUGGUUAGUCAAUGACAAGAUCCCCGGGGGACAACCUAAGACAGGCACAGCUGCCUACGGAGACCACAUGGGAAUGGGGUCAACAAUGGUAUGGCCAAGAAUCAUGCCUCCUGUUGCUCAAAAAUAAAUAAAAAGGGGGAAAUGUGGUGGAAUGAGAAGGCCAUGCCAAGGUGGCCACUGGCAAGCGAGUGCCAGUUACCCAGGAAUGGCUUUGAAACCCACCUGGCAACGGAGCCUGCCUGGCAACAGGCUGUGAUUGGUUGGGGCAUAGACCGCCCCUUGACCAGAUUGGCUGGUCUUGCCUAUAUAAGAUGUGGUUCCAACUGUAAUAAACGAGUCUGUGGGCUGCUCGUCUCAAGCCUGCUUUCACCCGA